GAGUGAGGAUUUCGUGUGUAUAAAGUGUUUAAAUGACAGAUUUAAUCACCGUAGAGUAUUUAGAAACAUUAGGGUCACCUUAAAUGAACGGUGUAGAUUUCAUGGUAGAUAUACUCGUGAAGAUUCAGCUGAAAAAUAAUUAUAAUUUUUAACGAUUUAAACAAAAAAAAGAAGCUUAAGUACCGGUUUGAAAUGGGAAAUUUCAGUAUUAUAUUUUUUGUUAUUUAUUAUUUAAUUAAGGUUUGAUUAUAAAAAUUAUUAUUAUUAAUUAAUUCAAUGCCAUAAGAGAAACCGUCUUCCACUUUCUCUGGUUUAACCUUAUGAGUUUCUUCAAAACCCAUAUCUUUUGAGUUUUUUCUCCUUUCCUUCUCUCUCUACAAAAUCUCAGAGAGAAAAAGAAGAAACCAAAGCUAAAAUGCAAUCUGGGUAUACCGGAGCCGGUGGUUUGCCGGAUUUCUACACCACCGGUCGAUCAACCAUGAAUAACGUUCCGUCUCAGCCUCCAUACCACCGACCUCAACUUCCGGGCUUGUUUAUCGAUUCAACUACACAGCGGAUCGCUCGUCAGAACCCGACAACCUUGAUCGGAAAAAGAAAUCUCGCCGAGUUUCAAUCAAAUCAUCAUAAUCAGCAGCAGCAGCAGUACAAUCCGAACCUUGGGCUUGUACAGCCUAACUAUCUUCGCUCAGUCAAGCCCAGGACGUUUCAGCAAUCUUCACCCAUAUCUCCUCUAUCUCCGAUGGAAUUUUCGCCAACGGCAACCACGGUCUCGGAAUCUUCCUCUUGUUCAUCAUCAUCACCAGCUUCUUCUCAGAGGUACGGCUUGCCCUUACCGCAGCAGCAGUAUCUGCGUCCUCAACAACCUAAUAUUCAAGGUAUGUCGUAUGUAAAUCCGGUUCAUCAGAAUCGUGUUAUUCCGGUUGUGGAUUCUGAAAAGAAGAUUAUGAACACCCGUCUUCAAGAGCUGGAGAAACAGCUUCUCGAUGAUAACGAAGACGAAGAAGGUGACCCCGUCUCUGCUGUUACUAAUAAUAGCGAGUGGUCUGAGACGAUACAGAACCUGAUCAGCCCAAAUCAGACACAGAAACCUGUUUCGCCAUCGCCAACUUCUUCCUCUUCGUCUUCCUCCUCAUCCUCGGUCGCCUCUCCUGCAAUUGUGACUUGUUCGAAGCAAUCGAUUAUGGAGGCUGCUUUAGCUAUCUCCGACGGGAAAACUGAAUCCGCGAAUGAGAUCCUCACGCGCCUUUCCACUCAAGUCUCAAACCCAAGACCCACUUCCGAACAGAGAGUUCUCGAGUUCAUAUCGUCGGCUCUUAAAUCGAGAAUCAAACCGGAAGAGAAUCCGCCGCCUGUGACGGAGCUCUAUAGUCAGGAACAAGGCUCCGCGAUUCAGUCUCUCUACGAUCUCUCGCCUUGCUUUGGUCUGAGUUUCUCGGCAGCCAAUUUCGCAAUCCUCGAUGCCACAUUAACCGACGAUUCGGCCAAGAUUCACGUAAUUGACUUCGACAUCGGCUAUGGCGGACAGUACGUAGACCUUCUUCGAAAGCUGGCCGGUCGAAAAAACGGCAUACUUUCGUCCUUGAAGAUAACUACUCUGGCGGAUAAUGUCGUUACCCAAGAGAGAUUGAAGAGCGUGGAUGAGAAACUGAGUCAACUCGCCCGUAGCCUGGGUGUAGUGUUCGAACUCACUGUCAAAAGCCUCAGAAUCUCGGAGCUGAGUCGCGAAUCGCUGGGUUGCGAACCAGACGAGUCGAUCGCUGUGAAUUUCGCCUUCAAAUUAUAUAUGAUGCCGGACGAGAGCGUAUCAACCGAGAAUCCAAGGGACCAGCUGCUACGGCGCGUGAAGUCUAUGGCGCCGCGUGUGGUUACGGUGGUGGAGCAGGAGCUGAACACCAACACGGCGCCGUUUAUGGCGCGCGUGAACGAGACGUGCGCGUAUUACAGUGUGUUGUUGGACUCGGUGGACCCAGCUGGUAGUAGGGAUAACUCGGAACGAGUUAGGGUAGAGGAAGCGGUGAGUCGGAAGGUGGGUAACUCGGUUGCGUGCGAAGGGAGGGACCGCUUUGAAAGAUGCGAGGUGUUUGGAAAAUGGAGGGCCCGAUUGAGUAUGGCCGGGUUCGAGUCGAUUCCACUGAGUCAAGACGCCAAAACUCGGCUGAGUUCGGGUAACCGAUUCCAUAAUCUUUCCGUUAAAGAAGUAAAUCAAGGAAUUUGCUUUGGUUGGAUGGGUCGCACUCUCACCGUCGCAUCUGCUUGGCGUUAACUUCACUCAUUUUUUUUUUUAUUUUAAAUUUUAAUUUUACUUUUUUUUUUCCUUUUUACUAAUAUUAUUAUUAAUAUUAAUUGAUAUUAAAGACAUAGUUUAUUAUUGACGUUUUCCUUCGCAAAGAAAGAAAAGGAAAUACCCACCUAACGAAAACAAAUAAAAAUAUAAUAUAUAUAUUUAAGUGUUUGGAAUCCGAGAAAAUUCCCGUGCAAAAAAAAAAUAGUACUUAUUAUUGUCAUUUGGGGUGUGUGAAAGGUGGCGUUUGGUAUGUUUGUAUUGUAUAUAGAUGUAUUUCUGCUGACUUGUCGUUUGGAUUGGCCUUUAGGAUUGUAUUACCAAACCCAUUCAAGCCUCCUCCACCUUUGGUUUAUUUUCCUUUUUUGUACCUUUCGAUUGUAUUUUUCCCGGGAAAUUUUUUAUUUACUCAGAAAAUACGUGUCCAAUUCCAUAAGGGUCCCACUACAGCACUUUCUUUCUUUUGCCCCUUUUCUUUCUUUUACUUCAAAUUUUUAUUAUAUUUUCUCUUUUGGGUUACAUAGAGGAGGGUUAUAUAGGUCUUCACGUGCGCAUGUAUUAGACUUUGAUUGUGCCUAAUCAAGUUUGACAAUAUUGUUAGUAGAGAUUUCUAUGUGUUCUCAUAAUAUGUAACGGAACUAUGAUCUUUGUAAUGCAAUAUCUUUGUGUAUUUUAGUUAUUUGGUGCAAAUAAAUUUCUUAUUAAAUA